AUGCUGGGCUGGAUAUUCCUACUAUUAAGUCAUGUGAUUUCUCAAGAAAUAGAGCAUGCAGUUGUAUUUGGAAGCACAGAGGAGCUUGCUUACUACUAUGUCGAUAUCUGGGUCGGAACCCCAGCAGUCAAACAAACUGUUAUUGUCGACACAGGAAGUCGACUUACAGCAUUCCCUUGUGCUGGUUGUGACAGCUGUGGCCAACAUAUGGAUUCUUAUUUUAAUUACUCAAAAUCAACAACUGCACGUUUAGUCAAUUGCGAAGAAACCUCUUGCUCUUCUUGCCAUGAACAAAAAUGCGAAUAUUCACAAAGCUAUGCUGAAGGAAGCUCAAUUUCAGGCUUCCUCGUCGAAGAUUUAGUUAUGUUUGGUGAUGAUUUCCAGCACUCCAAAGCUGUUCUUUUUAAAUUUGGCUGCCAUAAAAGAGAAACCAACCUUUUCAGAACUCAAAAAGCUGACGGGAUUAUGGGAUUAGCAUUUCCAAGAAGCAGAACCCCAUCUAUUAUCGAUGUUUUGUUCCAAGACCAUGAUAUUUCUACUGAUAUUUUUGCCAUUUGUUUUGGCAAAGUAGAUGGGUACAUGACAAUUGGGGGUUACAAUGCUUCUUUACAUAUCAAUCCUAUAAAGUGGGCCACUUUGCAUGAUGAAACUUUUUAUUCGGUAACAAUAAAUAAUGCUUUAGUCAAUGGAACUGCAUUGCAUUUGAAUUCUAGGGAUAAUUCGAGGACUUUUGUGUCAAAUGCUAUUGUUGACUCAGGAACGACUUAUACUUAUUUGACAAGUUCUAUAUAUGAUCCUUUAUGGCAGGCUAUAGAAAACUUUUGCCAAGGAGAAGGGAAAUGUGAUGGAGUCAGGAGACAUGUCAAUGGAGAGGGCCAUGUAUGUUACCAUUAUAACAUUGAAAAAUAUCCAGAUUUGUAUCAUUUUUUCGAUACUUUUCCAACUAUCGAAUUAACAAUUGGGGAUAUUAAUGUAGCUUGGCUGCCUGAGUAUUAUUUAUCAUCAUGGCAAGAUUACCAAGAUAUUUAUUGUAUAGGAAUCUACAAUACUGGAGGGGGAAGUGUGUUGGGGGGAAAUUUUAUGAGAGGACAAGAUGUUGUGUUUGAUAGAGAAAAUGAUAAAAUUGGCUUUGCUGAAUCAGAGUGCAACCCAGCUCAUGUUCAUGGAAAUACGAGAAGACUGCAUGGAAAAUAUGCAAGCCCUGAAAAUUAA